CCCAAUAAUGUCUCCUCCCCGCCCCUUUAUAGAUUGCGAAACUGCAUCAGCCACCACCACCACCACCAAUGGAGUCCCCCUCUUGGACCACCUAUGCCGCCGCAUGGCUAGCGACCCUCGCCCUCCUCCUCCUCUCCCUCCGCCUCCGCCGCCGCAACCACAACCUCCCCCCUGGCCCGAAACCCUGGCCCAUCAUCGGGAACCUCAACCUCAUCGGCCCCCUCCCGCACCGAUCCCUCCACGAGCUCUCCAAGACCUACGGCCCGAUCAUGCAACUCUGCUUCGGAUCCUUCCCCGUAGUCGUGUUCUCCUCCGUUGAAGGGGCCAAGGCCGUCCUCAAGACCAACGAUGUCGCCUUCGCCGGCCGGCCCAAGACCGCCACGGGCAAGUACACCACUUACAACUACUCCGACAUCGCCUGGUCGCCCUACGGCCCCUACUGGCGUCAGGCCCGGAAGCUGUGCAUCGUGGAGCUCUUCAGCGCGAAGCGCCUCGAGUCCUACGAGCACAUUCGGACGGAGGAACUAAUGUCCCUCCUUAGGAACCUGUACCACUCUAGGGGUGCCCACCUCCCGUUGAAAGACCACCUGUGCAGCCUGAGCCUCAACGUGAUAAGCCGGAUGGUCUUGGGGAAGAAGUACACCGAGGACACCGAGAACCCCAUAGUCCGGCCGGACGUGCUCAAGAAGAUGCUCGAGGAGUUUUUCUUCCUGAACGGCACGCUGAACAUCGGGGACUCAAUCCCGUGGCUAGAUUUCCUGGACCUCCAGGGCUACAUCAAGAGGAUGAAGGCGCUGAACAAGAAGAUGGACCGGUUUCUAGAGCACGUCUUGGCAGAGCACGAUGUGAGGCGACGCGGGGUUGCAAACUACGUCGCCAAGGACAUGGUAGAUGUGCUCUUGCAGUUAUCUGAAGAUCCAAAUCUCGAAGUGAAGAUCGACAGGAUAGCAGUGAAAGCGUUCACUCAGGACCUAAUCGCAGGCGGGACCGAGAGCUCAGCCACGACAGUGGAGUGGGUGAUGUCGGAGCUCCUAAAGAAGCCGCAGAUUUUCAAGAAGGCCACGGAGGAGCUGGAUAGGGUGAUCGGGAGAGACAGGUGGGUGAGCGAGAAGGAUAUCGCGAGCCCGCCCUACAUCGACGCCAUCGCCAAGGAGACCAUGAGGCUCCACCCGGUGGCGCCAAUGCUCACGCCCCGGAUGACGAGGGAGGAUUGCAAGAUCGACGGCUACGACAUCCCCAAGGGCACCCGGGCCCUUGUUCUCAUGUGGAGCAUCGGGAGGGACCCUAAGGUAUGGGAUGCCCCAGACGAGUUCCAGCCCGAGAGGUUCCUCGGGCGGGACAUCGACGUGAAGGGCCAGAGCUUCGAGCUCCUGCCAUUCGGGUCCGGGAGGAGGAUGUGCCCGGGGUACAGUCUCGGGCUCAAGGUGAUUCAGGCGAGCCUGGCCAAUCUAUUGCACGGGUUCAAUUGGAGGUUGCCCGGGGGGAUGAGUAAGGAGGACUUGGACAUGGAGGAGAUCUUUGGGCUCACAACGCCUAGGAAGAACUCACUCGUUGCUGUGGCGGAGCCUAGGUUGCUGGAUCAUAUGUACUCCCUGUGAGUUUGCGGGGGGUGUUGUUCCUACUUUCUUCUGUUGUUGUCGUUUGCUUUGUUCGUAGCUAAUGAG